AUGGGUUUACAUCUUGUGCUACUUCUUGUUUCUUAUACGUUUUUAACGUUAGGGGCCGAUGGAAUCAUUGAUUUGAUUUUGCAGGAUUUUAAUUGUGUUGAUAUAUAUAAACAACCAGCUUUCCAACAUCCAAUGCUGAAACACCACAAAAUUCCGGAACAUUUCAUCUCAAAUGAAAGUCAAAAGAAUAAACUAAAUGAUCAAAGUUGUCCAAAAGGAACAGUAGCAAUUUUAAGGCAAAUAGAUGGAACAGAUAGCAUUCACCUCGACACGCUCGAAUUCCCCGGCCAACAUUUUGCAACAAUUGAGACUGUUUUGGAUGGGAGCAUCUAUCGAGGAGCAGAAGCUUAUAUAAGUCUUCAUAAUUUAACUCUACAAAAUAACCAGUACAGUAAAGUUCAAAUUUGGUUAGAGAACGGACCUCGUGAUCAACUCAAUAGUAUACAAGUUGGCUCGGCCGUGCAUCCAAGAUUAUAUGGUGAUAGUUUGACGCGAUUUACUGUAUAUUGGACUGCAGAUGGUUAUAAGAAAACUGGAUGUUAUAAUACAAAAUGUCCUGGCUUUAUUCUUGUUACUCGAGAUUCAUGGCUUGGAAGUUCAUUUGAUAGAUCAUCUAUUUAUGGUGGUAAAGAAAUAAUUGGUUAUCAACCGAAGAUCUUUCAGGAUGGUUUUAGUGGACAUUGGGUACUAAAAGUGUUUGAUCAAUUAAUUGGAUACUGGCCCAAAGAGUUAUUUACACAUUUAAACGAAGGAGCUUCUUUGAUACGGUAUGGAGGAAAUACAUUUACUUCUCCGAAUGGAAUUAGUCCUCCAAUGGGAAAUGGUCAUUUUCCAACUAUAGAUUCUCAUAAAAGCUCACAAUUUUUCCAUGUCAAAGUUAAGAAUUGGAAAUACCAAAAUGUUGAUAUUGAAGAUAAGAAAGCAAGACAAUAUUCAGAUUCUUACCAAUGUUAUAGACUAUCGUAUUGGGGUUACGUGAAGUCGAGUGGAGUAUCAUUUUCUUUUGGAGGACCAGGUGGAAAUUGUGGUACUUGAUAUCUAUGAAUCAACUAUGUACUGAUCAAUU